AUGCGGCCGAUCAGGCUUCCAGUCAAGAGGAAGCAUGCCACGAUGGCAUGUGUCUCCUGCCGUGAGAGCAAAGUCAAGUGUGAUGGAAUGGAGCCAGCGUGUUCCACAUGCGUGAACAGAAACCGGGAAUGCCGUUACCUGGCUAUUGACAAACGAAAGCUACCAUUACGGGUUGCCAUUGAGCUCUUGACCAACAGAGUUGACCAGCUAUGUCAGUUUAUAACUGAAAAUGGACUACAACCUCCGCAACUGCCGCUCGAGAAGGAUCAAGCGUUGAAGAAGAUAUUGGAAAGUCUUGGACUUAAUGACGAGACAAAGUCCAUGCCAUCGCUCCCAAACGAGCCAGAGGCCAAUAAAGGUUCCAAAAUGCCUGGGGAUAGUGAUAGGUGUUUACCUGACGUGUCGCAGAAUCUCGUGGCAGCCACAACUUCCGGGUCAGUAGAUUCUAGCACUGAUACAUUUCCCGAGGGAGGACUCGAGGCAGAUGUUCACACCGUAUCCAACACCCUAUCACCCACCCAGAAUAUGCCUUUCAAUUUUUUAUUCAGUGAGGAUGCACAAAAUAUUGUCCAGGACAGCCCAAAAAGCAUUCUCAGCUCUUUGGACUUGGAUCUUGGAUUUAUGACAUGCAUCAACCCUACCGCCAUUGGUGCGCAACAUCUCUUUGGCUGGUCCCAGGGUGCAAGUGGUAUUGAACAGGAAGAAUUCGUCAACUUCCCCGAUCCAAUAGCGCACGAUGACGAUGAGACGCUCGUGGAGGAAACGGGAAGCACAGGGGAUAUUGAAAGUCUUAUUGACGAGAUCUCCGACCGAGUGGGUACCCUCAGAAUCGGACCUGGGGGCAAAACGCAUUUCUGUGGCCCAACAUCAACAUUCAACUUGACGGGGGUGCUAGAAUCAGAAGAGCCAGAGUCACGACCCAUCAACGAACUUUACCCCUUGGAGUACCAUGAUCGUUCAGGGUCCGACCCUGACAUACCAUCAGCAUUGGAGGAGCAUCUCAUCAAUCUCUAUUUUUGCUGGCAAGAUCCAUUUUGCCAUGUCGUCGAUCGAACUAUGUAUGCAGAGGCCAAAAGGAAAUGGCAGGAAAUGGAGGACACACCGUUCUAUUCAGAAGCCCUACGGUAUGCGAUGUGUGCUAUUGGCAGCGCCUUCGAAUCUCGUUUUCACCCGGCUCUCGUCACAUUCCCAAAAUCUCUGAUAGACUUCCUCGGGGCUCGAGUGAAGUCGCUAUUGGAGCUCGAAUUAGAUAACCCUUGCGUGGCAACCGUCCAGGCAUUGGUAAUUCUCAGUCAUCAUGAGAUAGGAAAUGGAAAAGACACCAGAGGGUGGUUAUUUAGUGGAAUGGCAAUACGACUCGCGUUUGACCUUGCUUUGCAUAUCGACAUGUCAGAGUAUGUUUCUAGACGGGACAUCACCUCUGCAGACGCAGAGCUUCGUCGAACGGUGUUUUGGGCUGCAUAUACUGUUGAUCAUCAGUUAGGGUUUCAUCUUGGCAGACCCUCUCGUACCAGCAUGGAGGACGUGACCGUCCGUAAGCCACAAGGUCAAGUGGGUCAAUCUGGGAAGUACAGGUGGGCGCCAUAUGAAAUGCAAAAUUCCGCCAAUUCGACGGCCGGCUUGCUAGACUGUACCGAAGCAGUGAGCCAGCAGAUGGUCUCUCUUUGUGAACUUAUGGCCCCAUGUGGCUAUAUAUUAUAUGGCACAUCAAGGAUAUCAAAGCCAGUGCUACAAGAACUUAACGCAAAAAUUGUCGCCGAACUGAGCAGGUGGAAAGCCAACCUCCCACCUUUCCUCCAGAUCAACCUUGACGACUACACUUCGCCAUAUCUACCGCAUGUAUUGCUACUGCACAUGCAAUACCAUCAAAACAUCAUAUACGCUCACAGACCAUGGAUGUCCAAAAAUGGUUUACAACCAGACCCGCCCAAGGGACCAGGUUAUCUCCAUGCUCGUGAGAUGUGCAUAAGCUCCGCCAUUGCCAUUUCGAAGAUACUCGUUCUCUAUGAAACACGAUAUACACUGCGCCGGAUCAAUGUCAAGGCAGUCUCAAUAACUUCUUCAGCCAUCCUCUUACUUCUUUUCGCCGCCGUGACCAAGUACCCAACCCAUUCACAAGGUGACAUCAAAAUGUACUUGAGCUCCUGCUUCCGAGCACUGGAUGAGUUUGCGCUCUCCUGGCAGAGUGCUCGGCGCGCCAAAGACCUCCUUGUCAAUUUACAACGGCAAUGGGAGCUUCGAACAAGGUUUAGGAAAGACAUAAGCAACCCUGAGAGGAGUACUUAUUUACCUCGAAAGCGUUCCCGAGGUUUGAGUACGAUCUAUCGAGUGACGCCCAUCGGACGAGAAGCAUUUACUCGUCGCGGAUGUGAGCCGCAAUUGGACUUCAACGUAGAAUCGGAGUCAGGCUGGAUGCCCAUGGACGAUGCGCGAUCGGUAAUUGACAAUUGCAACAAAGACCCUUUCGAAAUUGUGUCCGACUCUGGGUUUGAUGCACCUCAAAUACCUCGAACUUAG